UAUACUCCCCGCAUAAAAGAGCUACCAAAUCCCCUCCAAUCAACAAGAAAAUUCGCAAUGCUUCAUCUCACCGUAUAACCACCAAAGCCCACGAUCUCCCUCCCAUUAACCCCAACCAACUACAUACAAAAAUGCCCCGAUACGCAGAAGACCACGAGCGCUACGAUGACAGCAACCGCGCAUUUCUCCAAGCCUUCAUGGCGCGGUCCACCAUGACCUUUUCAGAAGCAAAGCCCGUCCUGGCUGCGAUAUUCUCCGUUAGAGACGAAGAACAAGUCUCACCCGAAGACAUAACGGAAGACGACCUCCAAACCUACAUCGCAGCCGCCAACAGCGCUAUAUCCCCCUUCGACCUCGAAAUCCGGAGCAUACUACCCCAAAUCGAAAUCAACAACAAUGACCCCAACGCACCCCCUCCCCCAGCCCCCGAACGAGUCUACGCCCUCGUCAACACAACCAGCGACGCCCUGACCCAGCUCGCGACCACCUACUCCGCCGACGAAAUUGCCUUCGUGAAGCGCAUCCUCGACGCCAUGUUCGACACAUACAACACCCGCCGCCAGGAAGCAAUGGUCAUAAGUAGUAUGCAGGCGCUGCAGCUAGCCAAGGCAGGUGCAGGGGACGCAAAUCGACGGGAAUCAGGGACACAACAGCAGCAAGCGACGCAGGGAGGUGCAGCGCAGUCAUUGACGAUGACGCAGGCGGAGACGAUGCUGAAGCAGCUUUUGGAGCAGGGGUGGUUUGAGAAGAGUAGGAAGGGGUAUUAUCGGUUGAGUCCGCGCGGGUUGAUGGAGUUGAGGGGGUGGUUGGUGGCGGCGUAUAAUGAUGAGGGGAUUAGGAAGAUUAAGUUCUGUGCUGCGUGUCGGGAUAUUAUUACUGCGGGUCAACGAUGCGGAGACCGCGAUUGUACUGGACGAUUGCAUGACCACUGCAUGCGGAAUUUCUUUCGUAUGCAAAAGUCCGAGAGUUGUCCUGUGUGCAAGAGUGCCUGGCCGGGUGAUAGGUUUGUUGGUGAGCGCGCCAUUACCAUGUCUGAUCCGGCUGCGCAGAGGGCUAGACGCUCGGCUGCGAAUGCUCAGCAGGCGGAGGCGGGGCCUAGUACGCAGUUCACGUUGCCGGAGAUGGAUGUUGAAGAUGAAGUGGAUGGUGGUGAGGAAGAGGCUGGGAGUGAUUGAAGGGGAUGAGCGAUGAUUAUUUUUAUCAUCAGAAUACCUUAGGCUGCCUUAGGAGCAUGUCGCGAGGCACUUGGCCAUGAGCUCUUCGGAUGCAAUCAGAACUUCGAGGGUCGGAGACUUCGAGGACUCGCUCGGAGCCAUAGGACGCAGGGUCAUACCAAGAUACACCUGCGAGGCCCCCCGACGGAGAGGAUACUUCCUUGAUGUAGUACCUUGAGGGGAUCGACUGAUUCCAGUCAACGACUGGCCUGUUCAUCAGUCGAACCUGGUUGAAAGACCACUCAGUGUGACCACUAUCUACAGACCACCAUAUCUGGUAUUUAUCGAAAACGGUCACAAUAUAUGGCCACUGCUCAGAAAGAAGAGGAAAGAAG